GAGGGCGAGGCACCUAGCAGCGAGACUGGCACAUCACUGGACAGCCCCUCAGCCUACCACCAGGGCCCCUUGGUGCCUGGCUCCAGCCUGAGCCCUGACCACUACGAGCACACUUCACUAGGGGCCUAUGGGCUGUACUCCGGGCCAUCAGGACAGCAGCAGCGCACACGGAGGCCCAAGCUGCAGCACUCGACCUCCAUCCUGCGCAAGCAGGCCGAGGAAGAGGCAAUCAAGCGCUCGCGGUCACUCUCUGAGAGCUAUGAGCUCUCCUCGGAUCUGCAAGAUAAACAGGUGGAGAUGCUAGAACGAAAGUAUGGGGGGCGCCUUGUGACCCGCCAUGCGGCCCGCACCAUCCAGACAGCGUUCCGCCAGUACCAGAUGAACAAGAAUUUCGAGCGCCUCCGCAGCUCCAUGUCAGAGAACCGCAUGUCACGCCGCAUUGUGCUAUCCAACAUGAGGAUGCAGUUCUCCUUUGAGGGACCUGAGAAAGUGCAUAGCUCCUACUUCGAGGGGAAGCAAGUCUCAAUGACCAACGAUGGCUCCCAGUUGGGUGCCCUGGUUCCAUCUGAAUGUGGUGACCUUGGCAAGCCAGCCACCAUCAAGUCACCAGCCACCUCCAGUGACUUUGCAGAUGCCAUCACAGAGCUGGAGGAUGCCUUCUCCCGGCAAGUAAAAUCGUUGGCAGAGUCCAUUGACGAUGCCCUCAAUUGCCGUAGCCUGCAUGCCGAGGAGAUGCCAGCCCCUGACUCCGCUCGGGCCCGGGACACCGAGCUGAAGCCGACCCUGCACGGCAUGGACAACCGCAAGCUAGAUGAGAUGACUGCUUCAUACAGUGACGUCACCCUGUACAUUGAUGAAGAAGAGCUAUCGCCACCUCUGCCCCUCUCUCAGGUGGGGGACCGGCCAUCCAGCACUGAGUCAGACCUGCGGUUACGGGCUGGGGGUUCAUCGCAGGACUACUGGGCCCUGGGUCACAAGGACGACAAGGGGGACACGGACACAAGCUGCCGGAGCACGCCUUCCCUGGAGCGGCCAGAGCAGCGGCUGCGAGGGGAGCAUCUCCCCCUGUUAACCAUUGAGCCACCUAGCGACAGUUCUGUGGACCUCAGUGACCGCUCGGACCGCGGCUCACUCAAGAGGCAAAGUGCCUAUGAGCGCAGUCUUGGUGGGCAGGAGGGCAGCCCCAAGCAUGGCCCCCACAGCGGCCCCCCCAAGGGCUUGCCCCGGGAGGAGCCAGAACUGCGGCCCCGGCCCCCCAGGCCCAUUGACAGCCACCUGGCCAUCAAUGGCUCAGCCAAUAGGCAGAGCAAGUCUGAGUCAGACUACUCGGAUGGGGACAAUGACAGUAUCAACAGCACGUCCAAUUCCAAUGACACCAUCAACUGCAGUUCUGAGUCUUCGUCCCGUGACAGCUUGCGGGAACAGACACUCAGUAAGCAGACCUACCACAAAGAGACCCGCAAUAGCUGGGACUCACCUGCCUUCAGCAAUGAUGUCAUCCGCAAGAGACACUAUCGCAUUGGACUGAACCUCUUCAACAAGAAGCCUGAGAAGGGAGUCCAGUACCUCAUUGAACGUGGCUUCGUGCCUGACACGCCAGUGGGGGUGGCCCACUUCCUGCUGCAACGCAAGGGCCUCAGCCGGCAGAUGAUUGGCGAGUUCCUGGGCAAUCGGCAGAAGCAGUUCAACCGUGAUGUGCUUGACUGCGUGGUGGACGAGAUGGACUUUUCAGCCAUGGAGCUGGAUGAAGCCCUCAGGAAAUUCCAAGCCCACAUCCGCGUCCAGGGGGAGGCACAGAAAGUGGAGCGGCUUAUCGAGGCCUUCAGCCAGCGGUACUGCAUCUGCAACCCCGGGGUAGUGCGGCAGUUCCGGAACCCAGACACCAUAUUCAUCCUGGCCUUUGCCAUCAUCCUGCUCAACACGGACAUGUACAGCCCCAACGUCAAGCCCGAGCGUAAGAUGAAGCUAGAGGACUUUGUCAAGAACCUCCGAGGUGUGGAUGACGGUGAGGACAUUCCCCGGGAGAUGCUCAUUGGGAUCUAUGAGCGGAUCCGCAAGCGGGAGCUGAAGACCAAUGAGGACCAUGUGUCUCAGGUGCAGAAGGUGGAAAAGCUCAUUGUGGGGAAGAAGCCGAUUGGAUCCCUUCACCAUGGGCUUGGCUGUGUGCUGUCUCUGCCCCAUCGGAGGCUGGUUUGCUACUGCCGGCUCUUUGAGGUUCCAGAUCCAAAUAAACCCCAGAAACUUGGACUGCACCAGCGAGAAAUCUUCCUGUUUAACGAUCUUCUGGUGGUCACCAAGAUCUUCCAGAAAAAGAAGAACUCGGUGACGUACAGCUUCCGACAGUCCUUCUCCCUAUACGGCAUGCAGGUCCUGCUUUUCGAAAACCAGUACUACCCCAAUGGCAUCAGGCUCACAUCUGCCGUCCCUGGCACAGACACUAAAGUAUUAAUAAACUUCAAUGCGCCCAAUCCUCAAGACCGGAAGAAAUUCACUGAUGACCUGCGGGAAUCCAUUGCAGAAGUGCAGGAGAUGGAGAAGCACAGAAUAGAGACCGAGCUUGAGAAGCAGAAGGGUGUUGUGCGGCCCAGCAUGUCCCAGUGUUCCAGCCUCAAAAAGGAAUCGGGCAACGGGACGCUGAGCCGAGCCUGCCUGGAUGACAGCUAUGCCAGCAGCGAGGGACUCAAACGCAGCGCCCUCAGCAGCUCCCUAAGGGACCUCUCAGAAGCGGGGGUCCAUCAUUAGCAGUCCUCACAUGCGCCGGAGAGCUACAUCAACACAAGAGUGUCCAUCUCGCCCACACCAGACUAUGCCUAAUUCAUCUUCCCUUCUGGGCUCCUUAUUUGGUAGUAAGAGAGGGAAGCCCACUCCCCAGGCCCACCUGCCCCCGGCCCCUCCCCAGCCGCCACCUCACCCACCGAUCCUGCCCCACCUGCAGCACUCUUCAGCUGGGCAUCAUCAGGGGCCCUCAGAGGGCCAGAUGCAGGCCCAGGUGCAUGGGCAUCACACCCCAUACUGCCACAUGCAGCAGAACCCACCCCCCUACCAUCACCACCACCACUACCACCCCCCUCAACAUAUCCAGCAUACACACCAGUACCACCACGGCCCCCAUGGGGGACACCUACCCUACGGGGCCCACGCUCAUGGCCAUCCGCCACUGCCCUCGGCCCAGGCAGGGCACGCAGCGCACUACCAUGGGCAGCCGCCCGCCCCUCCACCCCCUACCAGCAGCAAGGCAAAACCCAGUGGCAUUAGCACAAUUGUGUAGACAGCCAGGUUGGGGGGCGUCCCAGACUCCCUGGAACAACUGCACACCACACAGAGGCACACCCAGGAGGCGGCCAACCUCAGACCAAAUCCAGGGUACUUCUGUUUCCAUCUCUUCCCUCUGCUCCCCACAGCCUAGACGGAGCCCCUAUGAGCCUCAGAGCUGGUGUUUUAGGGAACAAAGCUCCUGACUUAUUUUAGUGUUGGUACCCUGGGCUCCACUCACCUCAGCCCAGGGAAUGGGCCUCAGCCACCAUCAGCCUUGAAAUGGUCCACCUGCCAAGUAGAUGUUGAACUGCCUUCUACCCCUACUUCAGCCUUCAGCUCUCUGCUCCCUAAUUUUACACGCAUAUGAAAAUCCAAGUGAGAUACAAAAAAAGACAAAACAAACACC